AUGAAGCUCAUUUCAAAUUCACCCAUGCGCCAGAACGGGACCAAAGUCCGCCACCAGCUUGCUGUUUCUCGCAGAUCAAGGUCCCUGUCUCCCCCAAAGCUACCGCAGCCACUGCCUCAGCCUUCAACAGGGGCGCCUCUUUGGAUUUCCCAAGAUACGAUGAGCUCGUCCAAUGACCUAGUACCACCAUCUGGCCUCCAUCGUCUACCACACCCACCGACGAUGCCGUGUCCUGUUCCUCCGCUACCAGCUGCAUGGAUAGGUAAAGAGGAGAUGAAGGUAUGGCUGAAUGCCAAAAUGGAGGAGGAUCGACGCAAGCAGGAAGAAGAGAGAUCAUACCAGGCGAACGUUCUACUGGAACAACGACGCAUCGAACAGGCAGUAAUCGCCGAUACCCUGCGCGCUGGUGUCCCACCAACUCUGAUUCCACUCAUAUUUCACGGUAUCUACACCACUGGUGCCAAUUUGAAAUUGGCUGCCGAGUUACAGAGGCAGUGGUCUACACCAGCUAGACCUGUCCCGGCGCCUCAACACAGCUGUGCCGUCCCUGCACAGCAUGUAAAUAUUCCACAUCCAACUCAACCGUCUCAAAGUACUCCUCUACAACCCCCACAACAGCCCCAUCAAGUACUAUCUAGUGAGUCAUGGCCCAUGGCGACAUCGUAUCUACCGGGAAUGUCCCAACACCCGUCGACGGCAGCCAAAUCCAAGCUACACCGAUCACGAUCACGGUCUGACCGACAGAAGCUGGAGCGCGAGCUGAAGCCCCCAAUGACACAAUCAGCUAACCAGGAUUCCCUCAAUCCAGGCUUCAACCCGGAGCCUUUUCCUGCCAGAAGCGGUCCUACCCAAACGCCUCCGACUCUAACUGGUGAAGCGACUAUCUGGACGUCGGGAAUACCCUCGCAGUCUCCUCUUGAAUAUCAUCACUGGUCUCCCCCAGAAUUAGAUCGGCCACAAUCCCGACUACAAUCACCACCGCCACUACUGACAUUCAACCAUGCCGCCUCGAAUGCUCCUCAACUUCGCGCAGAGCAAAUGAACCCCCCUAGUUCAAAGCGAAAAGAUGAAAGGCCACACGAGAAAGUGCCUCCACCCCGAUCCCGUCGCAAUGAGUCAGUCUCCAGUCGUCGGAAUUCAUAUGGUGAAUCGCAACCCGAACCAAAUCAACAAAGUGAUAUCUCCAGCCCCAACGAUUCCCGUGCUUAUGAGGCUGAUUGUUCCGAGCAGCCGUCAGAUUCUACCCGGGCUUCGGUAGAGAGGCCCAGUUUGACCCCAUCCCAAGGGAUCCGAAAGCGAAAAAAUCGAUUCCAGAGCUCGGCUAAUUCUGUCGAUGCUCCAGAACCCGCGCAAGAUGCGGUUGACAACACCAAGUGA